AUGAUUUUUUUUCUGAUUUCAGCUCUAGGAUAUGGUGGCGAAGAGCACGGGCCACGUUUCGUGGUCGAACCACCGGUGUCAGUUUUCUUUUCCAACGCCACUGGGGCCCGAGUGGAAUGUGCAGCCGAAGGAACGCCCAGGCCACUGGUCCGCUGGCAGACGGUACUCGAUGGUUCAACUGUUAGGGGUGUCAGAGAUUUGAUGCACGUCGACGACAACGGAACCCUGGUUUUUUCACCGUUUGCCGAACACCAAUACUCACCAAACGUGCACUCAGUCGCAUACAGGUGUGUGGCCCACAGUCGAGCUGGCACCAUCGUUUCCCGGAACGUGCAAGUCAGAGCUGGUAAGUCAUUAUGA